GUAGGCCUACGCAGUGCUAGUAUAUCAGACUAUUAAUUUCAGUUCUCUUUGUAUGCAUCCUUUUACGGAUCCAUUUACAUCGAGUUUCAUAAAAAUCCCCAAACAACCAUUUACCACUGUGCAUAAAGCCAAAAUGCACCUCAGUCGCAGAACCCUCUAAAAAGACGUCAGAAAAAAGGGACAACUCCGCCAACCAAACGACAAGUGCAGUCGGUCAAUCCAGCAAGUCAAAGCACUACAACUUAGCCUGACCAUGCCUGGACAAAUGCUACAACAAUUACCACCACCACCUGACCUACUUAAUAUCGCCAAAAGAUGUCUCAUGUAUAACCUGUUAGUAUUGGAGAACACCAGGAACGCACUGGAUCGAGAUAUAAAACAUUUCACGGAACGGGCCUUUGUGGAGGUACAAGAUUGUCUAAUUAAGCAGCAGCCAACCAAUCUUCGGGAUUGCUGCGACCUUCUGAAAGUUCUGUGUGCCAAAUGUCAUGUAAUCCAACAACUUUCUGCUACAUUUAAAAACCUCACAUCUGAUCUACAAUGCAUCGCUAAAGCCCCUUUAAAGGGAAACCUACUUCCCAACCAGGUAGAACUGUCCAGGGAAAGGGGCAUCCAGGUGCCGGAUGUACUGAAGUUCGGCCCCAUGCUCCAGAAUGUCCUGAUGGCAGGUUCUAUCACAGGGGCAGUCCAGCUUCUGGGAGCUACCCUGUCCCUCCACCAGCUCCAGCUCUUCUUUACCUCCCAGGCUGAUAGUCUGCUCCCGAAGGAUGCAUUCACACACUGCACGGUCUCUACCACCCAGCACAGCACAGUCUUUGAGGCACCAGUCUUAACCUUUGAGGCACCAGUCUUAACCUUUGAGAUUGCAAGGAAGCAUGACAAAGCACAGAACGUUGUUCGCAUGAAGAAAACGACAGAAGUACAGCAGAUUGGGGUUAAACCAAGUGUAGCGCUUCAGCCAGCACCGACUCCGCAGGUCAAUAUUCUGAAGUCAUCAUCAUCCCCACCACUGCCAAAUAACUAUCAACAUGCAGGUGUCUGUAGCCCUAACAACACACCAGUACCCUCAGUGCUCACUGGCCAGGGGAUGGAGAACAACGUAUUUGUGCUGCACCAGAAGCAGACUUCCUCCCAGCUUGUCCACUUCCUGCGAUCCAACGCCAAGAACAAGCAUGUUAUGGAGGUCACCUAUGAAUGGAGUGAAUACUUUCAGAACACCUCUAGUCUCUGCCGAACUGAAGCCGCUGCCACAGAGCCCCUUGUGGAUGGGGGGAUGAAGCACCAGACCAGAGAGGCUAAGAUGGAGGAGCCAGGAGUGGCAGCGUCACAAGUCCUGUUGAGGAAGCAGUCGUUCCCAGAGGUGGACACACACUACCCAGUCUUCACCGUGAAGAGAGUGGAGUCUGGAGGUUCUCUGACCUACACCUGCAUGAUCGCAACCAAAACCGAGCUCUGGGACGUGGGAGACAUCUUCACUGACGUCAGACACGCUACCUCUCAGAGUAGCGCCUUAGAGAAAGAAGGCGUUCUUCAAAUCUCCUGUACUGAAAAUCACGUGGAGAGGACCACAAACGCUAUCCUGACCCCCAGCCAGCUCCAGACUGAAGAGGCCAACCCGAGGCUGGAGGUCAGCAGAGAUCUCGAGAGCUUCCAGAAGUGCUCUGUCUCAUCUUCCGUCAACCUCUUCAGAGGUCCAGAACUUAACCACCUCAGCAUUCCAAAGUCUAGCCAAACGAUCAUUCCAAAGUUUCAGGUACGGAAGUUUGAGGAGAUGGCGGUGGUGGUUAGUCACAUGGUCAGCCCUGGGUGCUUCUACAUCCAGCAUUCAGAUGCCUCCCUGCAGCUUCAAGCCCUCCACACAAACAGUCUGAAGGACAGUCGUUCAUUGGCAGAGCUGCGGAGCAUCCCAGAUAUUGGGAGCUAUGUGAUGAGCUGGUUCCCCUCACAGGAGAUGUGGUGCAGAGCCCAGGUCACCAAGAUCUGUGGCAUGUGUGGAGAGAACAACCCAGAAGACUGUGACAGAACCUCCAGCAGCAUCCAGGUGGAGGUGAGGAGGCUGGACUACGGGGACUCUUCCUGUUUGUCCCUCUGGGACAUUAAGGAGCUCCAUCCAGAUAUGACCUCACUUCCCGUUCAGGCUGUCCAGGUUGCUCUGGCCAAAGUGUCCCCAGCGGACGGCUCUGCCUGGUCCCAGGUGGCGGUGGGUUGGUUCAGGGACAUGGUGGAGAACAGGACCCUGUUCGCCAGGCUUUACAUUCAGGGAGAUGGGGAAGGUGCCAAGGUCCUUGUGGAGCUCUUCAUGGAGAGGGGGAAGAUUGGGGCCAUGAGGAGAGGGGCCUCCUUGUCACUGAGAUUGGCUCAGAAUGGACACGCCAAGCAUGAUAAGCUGAGGAACGUGGGCAUCAAGAGAAGUAGUGCUCAAGAGCAGACAAGGAAACGAGAAGCAGCCUGGGGGAUGUACCUCAUCUCCUGUUAUACUCAACACCACAAAUACCCUCUGUCCCACAUCAAAACCACACUCCACUUCCCUGCCCAGUGCCCUACCAAGAACAAUACAGCCAUCCUUCGGCCUCUUAAAGCACGGCUGGGUGAUGUAGCGGCUCUUGUCUGGCGUAGCGUUCUGAUCGACCUGGCUCCAUGUCCGGACUACACCUCAUGGUGUUCGUUUGUGGACCUGGUCCUGCCCCUCGCACCCCCGGAUGAGCCCGACCUGGAAUCCAAAAUGAACUGGGGGUCCUUUUAUGCUGUGAUCAGCGGCGUAAACAGGUAUUCCACUGGCAUCGGCCGCAUUUGGCUCUCCGUGAUCUUUAUCUUUCGCAUUCUGGUCCUGGUGGUGGCGGCUGAAAGCGUUUGGGGUGACGAGAAGUCCGGGUUCACGUGCAACACCCAGCAGCCUGGCUGCAACAGUGUCUGCUACGACCAGUUUUUCCCCAUCUCGCACAUCCGCCUGUGGGCUCUGCAGCUCAUCCUGGUGUCCACCCCGGCCCUGCUGGUGGCCAUGCAUGUGGCCCACCGGCGUCACAUUGACAAAAAGAUCCUGAGGAGGACGGGCAGAGGCAGCCCCAAAGACCUGGAGCACAUCAAGAGCAAGAAGUUCCAGAUCAUCGGAGCUCUCUGGUGGACCUACAUGAUCAGCAUCAUCUUCCGAAUCGGCUUUGAGGUGACCUUCCUCUACAUCUUCUACCUGAUUUACCCCGACUUUAAGAUGGUGCGCCUGGUGAAGUGUGACUCGUUCCCGUGCCCAAACACGGUGGAUUGCUUUGUCUCCAGGCCCACGGAGAAGACCAUAUUCACUGUAUUCAUGCUGUCUGUGUCUGGGGUGUGCGUGCUCCUAAACCUGGCAGAGGUGGCCUAUCUGAUUGGUCGAGCUUGCAUGCGAUGCUGCCAUGGCUCAGACGAGGAGAGUAAAGUAGCCUGGAUCACCCAGAAGCUGUCAUCCUAUAAACAGAAUGAGAUUAAUCAGCUGAUAGCGGACCAUUCUCUCAAGGCUAAGUUCAAUGUGACCAGAAAGACCCCUGUGGAGAAGGGUGAGAGGUGUUCUGCUUUCUGAAACACUAUCCCUCCAUACCCUUUUCAUUGCUUCCAAAUAACGAUCAGUAACCCACUCAGAGUCCAAGACAUCAUUGGCAACAUGGUUACAGCUACAUAUCUGUUAUUACAUCCAUUCGUCCAUUCAUUAAUUCAUCCAUUCAUUCUACUGACUGUUGCAGGUAACAGGUCUGAAAAUGGGAUCCAGGUGUAGGAUUCGGAAAGUGAGAUAUCCUUUUAAACUUUUAAUGCUGGAUAGGAAUGAGGAGGAACAUUUUUCCAAGGGACUUCAAAAAGUCUCAAAAUCGUCUCCAGUUGGGGGUGGAACUGAAACCAAGCCCAUAGGAUAGAGCAGCAUUUGUUUGACCAAGUGACUUGCAGGAGCAUGAUGUGCUGUGCAAGGAAACCAUUGUAUAACCUAAUUUAGUCAUUGGUUUGAAGAAAACUGUACAUCAAUUCCUUCAUUACUUUAUGGGUUGCUUAACUAAUAUUAAAUGACUUGUUGGAUGUUCAUACAGCAAUAGAGUUAGACCUAAGUGCAGUUUACAAAAUAUGGAGGUCAGCACAACCUGGAAACUUGAAGCACUUGAACAUGUUUUUUGAGAGUUGGUUUAGAAUCACUUUCUUGUGGAAAAACGAUGUAGCUUGUUGACUAAUGGCAGACCCUUUCAUUUGCCAUCUGAGAGAAUGGGGUUCAAUCCCAACUGGCUAUACCAACAAGGACUAUUGACACCUAGAUUACACUGUGUAGAAUAACAAAUGCUAACAUUUCAUCAGUUUAAAUAUUCAAAGCUUUUUUGUGGAAGUUGGGUCUCAGUUCUGGUGGUUCAUAUCCAAAUCUUCAAGAUCAAAGAUAUCUGGAUCUCUCACAACAGGAAUGUUACUGAACUGCUUUUGAACUUGUCAUUCUUCUGGGGCAUGGCCCGGCACUAUUUCAGCACCUUAAAAUGGUGGCUUUGUUAAAGAGGCAUCUGCAUGAUGCCAACCUAUGAAUAGGCAAGUUUAGAGGGAGGAUUCAUUCUAACAUUUCCAUACUGGCUGCUUUUGUGUAGCAGGCACAAGAAUGAGUUGCAGUGAAAGCUCCAUAUCCUAUUAGUAAACUGAGGGCUUGUUAUUGCACCUAGGUAUCUAUCUGCUUACAUUUGUUUAUCUCUUUCAAUUAACUUUAAUUUACUUGAUAAUGAUUUUAAAAAUCGCGAACCAUAAAUGUGACAAGAAUUCUAAAUACACAGUCAUUGUCAGAGUGAUUUAUCAGAACUGGUAUUCCAAUGAUGAUCUUCCUGGAAAUAUUUAGUAUUUAUAGAAUAUACUAUAUAUAGAAUUGUAAUAAUAUGUCGAGUAUUUAACUCUUCUAAACCUUGUUAUACUGUACCAUCCCAACUUUCCUAUCCUUUGAGUCAUCUAUCAUUCUUUGAUUUUCACUAACAUUGUAAUCAUGGAUGCCUAAUGCUCAUGGUUGUAGGACUGAUUUGCAAGUUUACAAGUCCGACUAAUGUGCCAUUUUGUUGUUUGAGGGAAAUAGAACGUUUUUCUGUAGAUAUCAAGUAAACAAUCCAGUUCAAAUCUAAUGGGAACAGAGUUGUAUAUACUGUAUGUAAAUUGUUGUAUAUCAAGAAAUAAAAUCAAUAAUAAUUUACA